ACGUCCUCGGCUUCCGUAGAGACGUCUGAGAAGGAGGAAGUGUUUUUCUGCCUGUGAGUGUUUGGGGGCGUGUCGGUCUGUCGGAAAUAUAAAAAGUGAAUCACAGCGUUGGAGAGCAAAGGAAGAAUUUCCAUCGGAACGAUGGCAUUAUUACCUCCUCUGUCCAAAGCCAAUACCAGCUUCUGUCUGGAUCUCCUCAAAGUUCUGGGUGAUGAAGACAAGACGAAGAACAUCUUCUUCUCUCCGCUCAGCAUCUCGUCAGCCCUGGCAAUGGUGAUGUUGGGGGCCAGAGGAAAUACAGCCAAUCAGAUGUCAGAGUGCCUGAAAACACAGGUUUGUAAGGAUGGUGUCCAUGCCAGCUUCUCCCAGCUGCUGAGUGAGCUCAACAAGACCGAUGCACCAUAUGCUUUGAGUGUCGCCAACCGGCUGUAUGGAGAGCAGACCUACCAGUUUGUUGAGGACUUCCUGGGUCAUACCAGGAAAUUCUACGAUGCAGAGCUGGAGUCUGUGGACUUUGUGAAGAGCUAUGAAGCAGCCAGGGUCACCAUCAACAACUGGGUGGAGAAACAGACACAAGGUAAAAUUAAGGAUGUGCUGGCCCCUGAAGUGGUGAACUCCUUAACCAGACUGGUUCUGGUCAAUGCCAUCUACUUUAAGGGCAACUGGAACAAGCAGUUUCAGGAGAACGCCACACGAGACUCCCAAUUUAGACUCAACAAGAACGACACGAAGCCAGUGAAGAUGAUGCACCAGAAGUCUAAGUUUCCCCUGACCUACAUCCCUGAAGCCAGCUGCCAGAUCCUGGAGAUGCCUUACAAGGGGAAGGAGCUGAGCAUGCUCAUCUUUUUACCCAGUGAAACUGAGGACAGUAUAACAGGUCUGGAGAAGCUGGAGAAGGAGCUGACGUACGACAACUUUGUGGAGUGGACUCGUCCAGACAUGAUGGAUGAAGUUGAGGUCCAGGUGGGCCUUCCUCGGUUUAAGAUGGAGCAGAAAUAUGAAAUGAAGAAUGUCCUGUCUGGCAUGGGUAUGGUGGACGCCUUCGACAUGGCAAAGAGUGACUUCUCUGGUAUGUCUCCCGUGAAUGAUCUGGUGCUGUCGGAAGUCAUUCACAAGGCUUUCGUGGAAGUUAACGAGGAGGGAACAGAGGCUGCCGCCGCCACUGCUGCUGUCAUGAUGCUGCGCUGUGCUUUACGUCCAGCCAUGUUCAUCGCAGACCACCCAUUCAUCUUCUUUAUUAGACAUAACCCCUCUAUGAGUGUUCUCUUUGCUGGCCGAUACUGCUCCCCCGAGUGAGGAUGCCUCCAGAGCUCCCACCCGAAAAUCACACCUCUGCUUGCUGUCCUGACCUUCCAUCACCAAAAUGAUGGUUUAUCUAGCAUCUUGCUUAAGAUCAGGUUUUGACACUGUUUGGCCUGAUGCUGCACUACUUCAUAUAGUUCAGUUUAUCUCUUCAUGUUAAAAACUCUGCCUUAAUAUCAAGUCUCUAUCAUCUAGCUGCUCAAAGAUCAACCUUUUGGUUGUUCUAUUUGAAUACAACACUUCAUUUCAGUGUUUGAACUAUUGCUGAACCAAAUACAGGAAUAUUGUGAAAUCCCUGAGAUGGAUGAAGAUGCCUUUGGAAAUGAAUGAAAAGUACAGAUUAAGUAGAAAGAACUAGUGUAUACCUGAAGGAUUGCCUUUAUGUAUCCCUGUUUAUUCACAUGGAAUAAAAGUUUGAUUUAGAAAUA